GAUAUGGCUACAGAAGCUAAGUACAACAUUGUACGGGAAGUGGGCCGAGGGAGCUAUGGGGUAGUUUACGAGGCAGUUGUCAGUCAAACCAGAAACAAAGUGGCCGUGAAAAGGAUGCAUUGUAACGUACCUGAAAAUGUGGAACUGGCUUUGCAAGAGUUUUGGGCCCUGCAAAGUGUUAAGAGCCAACAUGAGAAUGUGAUCCAGUUAGAAGAGUGCGUCUUGCAGAGUGGCCAAGUCUUUCAGCCAAUCAGCCGCCAGUACAGGAAAUCGGACAGUCAUCUGCUGCUGAUUGAGACCUGUCUGAAAGGGCGGAGAUGCAUGGACCCCAAGUCUGCCUGUUUUGUGUGGUUUGUGAUGGAGUUCUGUGAUGGUGGAAACAUGAAUGAUUUUUUGCUGUCUCGCACUCCAGAUUCUCAGCUGAAUAAUAGCUUCAUGCAGCAGCUGAGCAGUGCUGUUGCUUUCUUGCACAGAAAUCAGAUUGUGCACAGAGACCUGAAGUCAGAUAAUAUUCUUAUUUCCCAUAGCCCUGGAGGUCCUGUAGUAAAGGUAGCAGACUUUGGCCUGAGUAAAAUAUGCCAGGGGAAAGUGAAUGUGAACCAGCAUUGCUUCUCGUCAGCCUGUGGGUCAAACUUUUACAUGGCACCAGAAGUGUGGGAAGGUCGUUAUACUGCCAAAGCUGAUAUCUUUGCCCUCGGGAUCAUUUUCUGGGCUAUGGUAGAGAGGAUUACCUUCAGGGAUGGAGACUCUGAGAAGGAAUUACUUGGAACCUACAUCUGUCAAGGCAAGCAGCUUAUUCCUGUUGGGGAGGCACUGCUGGAGAAUCCCAACAUGGAACUGCAAAUUCCUCUGAAGAACAAGAAGUCCAUGCCUAAUGAUCUCUGCAGACUCCUGCAUGACAUGUUAACUUUUAACCCAAAGGAAAGACUGGAUGCCUUCCAACUAGAAAUUCGAAUCAGGAGAAUCUCAUAUGGGAAAAAGCGCCAACGUUCAUAGCAGCAAGGGGUGAUCAGGUCCUGUAUUCCACUGUUACCAUCACACAGGCAUCCUGACCAAUACCUCUGAAUUCUCCUUGGAUUAAUGGUUUGAUCCUGAGGGAGACUGAUCAGAAUAAAUCUUGACUGCUUCCCAUUUCCCCCAAUGGUUGUAUGUAAAGGAACAAUUAUUUAUUUGUAUAGUAAUUUUAAUAUGCAAGUCCUAUAUAGAUUGCCCAAUUUUUUUAAUGGAGUAUUGCAGACUGACCCUUCACUUGUAUAAUAGUGAAGAAGGAUGUUGGUGACUGGGGCUGCCAACCUUAUCAACUCGGUGGCCAUGCUCCGAAGUGUCAAUUCCACUGUCCUUGGUACAGCAGAUGAGGAUUGUCUUGUGCAGUGUUUAAUUAGAGCUUUCCAUGUAAUUACUUCAUUCCAUGGUACUUGGCCAUGUAACUAAAUGGUGGCUGUUUUUGAAAGAGUGGCAUGGUGUAAUCUAAUCUAAUGUUUAUCCAAAAACUUUCUAGCAGAAACAAUGUAUUUUCAUCACAGUAGUUUGUGAAUAUUCUUGCUUAGAUUAACAGAAAUGCAUUCUUAAAAUAAAUACAAAGACUGUUUAAUAUGCCAAAUUGUUAUUGGAAUGUAUGCAUCGCUAUUACCUUAAGUAGUUUAGAGACUGAAGCUGUCUGCUGUGUCAGCUGUUUGUCCCAGCUACUCUGACAUGGGAAACAAAAAGGACUGAACUGGAGUACUGGCAGGUAAAUAGGGACUCAACCUAUUUCCAACCUGUCUGAAAAUAAUUAACACCUCUGGGAUUGAUAUUUAACUCUUUCUAAAAGCCCUUAGUUCCAGGAAGGUGACUAAGUAGCCCUGGUUUUCCCUCCAAUUCUUUUCUUGCCCUAAGCUCUAUUUUAACUUGUGGUUCGAAGGUGGGCUACAGUAUCUUUGGACACAAUUGAUAUUAUGGGACAGGAAUGUAUUGUCAGAGAAAGAUAGAAGAGAGCUCCUCUUUUGUCUCAAUGUACGCGUGUGCCAUACAGGAGACCUUGCCAACACAGGCAUGUUGGGAGGGGGUCUUGGGGGAGGAAGCAGACUUAACUGAUGUGAAGUCACAACAGCACCAUUUAUGGAGGGAGAACAGUGCUUGGAAUUAAUGGCAAAAAUUGUUUGAAAUAUGUUGUUACAGAUUUUUAAAAAUUAAUCAGAUCUCUGGGCCUUGUCCUUCUGCUGUGGAUGCAUUAGCGAUUGCCUACAAACCAGUCUCCAUUCUCUUCCCUUCCAUUCUGGCACAGAGCUGUGACUGCAAUAUAAAAGCUUCUGCAUUCCCUCAUCUUAAAAGUUUGUACAGUAGAACCUUCCCUAGAAUAUAUUCCACACUACUUACUUAUUUGAUCUGGAAGCCCUAGUGGGCUUCACAGGAAGAAGUGGAGAACUCUCCCUAUGGCUUGGUGAUGCCUACCUCUGUAAAAUGCGGCACUUCAUAGAUACCUUGCAGACUCAAGUCAUCUGAGCUCUAGCUGUAACCAUUAAAUAACAAAUGAAUAUCCAGUAUUAAUGGUUACUGAUCAGAGCUGCUGCAGGAACAUACUCACCCCAAACUCUCCUUUAUAAAACUUUUGGCAAAAACAAAAUCAAACUUAAUGCUGGUGGAAGUUGCUGGCCUGGCAGUUAUAGUGAGGUAGCAGUGCAAACGUUUGCUCUACAUUCUGCCCUGGACUAGUAGAUUAGCUGUAGCAAUGAAAGGAGUUGGUUCUUCCCAGCCGGUUCAGCAUUGCUCAGAGGGAUAAGUUUGGAUAGGCUCAAGCAGGUGAGAAUGGGAGUCUGAAACUCAUUUGUCAUCUGGAAAUUUUAGAUGUAUUUUGGAGAAGGUUCUUGUCUCAUUAAAGCAAUGAGACUAUUAGUAAGUAUGCUUUGGCUUUGGUCUGCUCUUCUUCCCAUACAAUACUGCUCAAUUUUACAUCUUGCUGGUGUUGCUGUGGCUUCAUUUGUUUCUCAAGUUAGGUGGCUCAUAUCUCAUGAUCUUUCUUAGAAACUACAGCACCAGCUUUAGGCUGCAAAAUUGUUCAGCCUGCUUUACUGAAGAAAUUAUUCUUUUAAAAUGUAUUUCUUCUUUCUUCACUCCCACAGCUAUUGAAACUGUGUUGUCUGGUUCUCCAAUGCCAUCUGUUCUUAGAACAGGCAAAGUCUGCUAGUCUUGUGGAACCAUCAUAGUUGAGGAAGAGUCAAACUUUGGAAUGUAGACCACAAUUAAGAUUACACCAGGCAAUAAAACCACUCUGAGGCACUUUAAAUGUUUGUGUGGCACAGGGUUGGCUACUCGCUGCUACUCUUGCUUGUUUUAUCAUACUUUGUUGAUGUUCUCCACAGCCUCUGUUAGAAAUACUUAUUUGUGUGUGUGCGCUUUUGUUACCUCAGACUGUGUAUGUUAAAUUUAA